CUCACCCCCAGUGGGCCGGCUGGGAGAGUCAGAGGAGCAGCAUCUCAGCCUUGGCUUUCCACUGCUGUUUGAUUGUCUUCAUGCUGCUUUCUCAGAGGGAGGGACAUUGUUUUAAAUCCUGGGGUCUUCAGUUCGAGGCCUGCCCCCCUUGGGGGUCUGUUUACGGAUGGUGAUUUUAAUCCAGGUGGGCUAGUUAGGAGCAGCUGAGCUGAAACUCUAAGGGCUUCCCGACUCCCCUUCUGCUAAGCCUCAAGGGAUGAGGGCUCUGGAUUAGGGUCACCUGGAUGAGUGGAAGAAGGCCAACUAGACAGCUAGUAGGAAGAGAGCAACUUCUGGGAAACUUCUUGGGGAUUUGCCCCUUAGCACUAGUGGGCUGCCCCACCUGAUUCCCAGAGGCCCCAACAUGGCUCUCCUCCGCUUCCUCUUCUUGGCUCUGCUCCCUUGGGAGCUGGCUUUCAGAGGGGCCGGUAUGAAUCCUCAGUCCCUGGCCGCUGCCUCUGAACUGUCUUUCCUCCAAGAGCUGCUGGGCAAGACCCCAAAGAGCACCUUUACCGGGCAGCCGCUGCAAUACAUGCUGGACUUAUACUAUCGCUCGGCUAACCAGGAAGGGCUCCCGUGGGAGAAUCGGACUCUGGGAGCCACUUCGGUCAGACUGGUCCCCGCCUCGGCCAGCACUGGCAUCUCCACCAGAGGGACCUGGUUUGUGCAGAGCCUGGAAUACCCCAUGUCGGUGGUCCAGGAGAGGCAGAUCCUGGUGAGGGCUGCCGUGGUUUAUCCGUCGGUGCUGCGCAAGUCUGACACCCAGUUCUUGUGUCAGAUGAAAUCUAGGAUCCGGAAGAACGAGCCCCAUGUCAGGGAGCCUGAGUUCGAGGAAGCCUCUUCCCAGCUCUACCGGCCCACGGCCUGGCAGGAGACGGACUUCACGGCCUACAUCCGGCAAAGGCUCCAGAAGGCCCAUGGCCAGUUCUCCGUCUGGCUGCACUGGAAGUGUCGACAACAGAGGGCGAGAAGCUCCUCCAGGGCCCCGUGGAGGGGGACGGCCGCCUCGGAAGCUCCUUUUCUCUUGCUCUACUUCAAUGACACCCACCAGGGCUACCAGGAAGUGGGGCCGCCUCUCCACCGGAGGGUCCGUCAGGCCGGCAAAGCCCCCGGGAGCAGCUUGGAGCUGAAGUUCUGCUCUCUCCGCCCUUUACUGGUCACCUCAAAGUCGUUGGGCUGGACUAACUGGGUCAUCGCCCCCAACAAGUUCAACCCCAACUACUGCCAGGGGCUCUGCCCUCGGAUUCUGCACAUAGGGCUCAACUCCCCCAACCACGCCAUCGUGCAGAACCUCGUGAACGAGCGGGUGAACCGGACGGUGCCCCGGCCCUGUUGCGUCCCCUACCAGUACAGACCGAUUAGCUUCUUGUUGAAGGAGGACAACGGGACCGUCUUGUACAAAGAAUUCAGGGACAUGGUCGCCCAGUCCUGCACCUGCCGGUGAGAGCCUCGCGUUCUCCCCGCACGAGACCGCAGGUGUAGGAAAUUAAAUAGUCUGAUGUCGCUGUACGAGAUGCACGAAAAUUCUUUACCUGACCCUCUUGCCCCAGAGGAAGCCAUUCAUGUGUUCUCUUCCCAAGAGGACUCACUGCUAUUUAUGAUUUCCCAGGCUUACACCGCUUUCCUGACUGAUCUUAUCUGUAUGAGUUUUGUAUUGGACUUUGUGUGAUGCAAUGGGCCAACCGACACUGAUGCUGUCGUGGUGGAUUGGGGCCGGGAAGACGGAGAGUGUGGUGGGGAAGAGGGGAGAAAAGAGGCAAGAAUCUGGACCUGGCCCUCCAAAUCCAUGAACCUCGUCUCCUACUACUGAAGAAGCGAGGUUGGGGCAAAGCAGGAUAAAAUGAAUUUCAGGCUUUUUGUAAUGAGGUUAUGUGCCAGGAUGGCUGAAAAAAUUAAUCUGGUGUGUGGGGGAGACCUGCUGAGGAGUCUCUGUCACUGUUGCCUGCUGCUUCCCAUUUUCCGAUUGGACCUCGCCUUGUACGAAUCUGCCACCUUGAAUUUGAACUUGGCUCAGUGGAUCUAAUUCCAUCCCCCGAUCCUCUGCCUCUCUCAGGAACAGCUGGGAUAAAAGACUAAUUCCUGGGUUUGGAUUAGACUACGGUCGCUAUCACCUUUUAAGCAGCCCAACUGGGUGACCUCACGGAUUACAGGAAAGAGAAGGUUUAUGGCUUUUCAAAGUGUGGGAGAGCUGGGGUUUAUGGUUUUCAACCCACAGUGCUUUUGGGGUAAGUGGAGCCCAGACUGGAGGAAAUGUGGGAAGAGUAGGAUUUUUAAAAAAAAGAAAAUUUGUAUGAAAUGGAGAAAGCACUUCACUAAAUGAUGCCUUGUUUUUAGUAGCACGUUCGAUGAACCACCUAAUGGAACUAGGAUACACUGUGCUCAACCAGGGAAGGGCUUGCCUUGUCACUAAUAAAUCAAAGUUUUGCAUCUAAAAAAGCAACUUUGGAGACUGUAUGUGGGUUUCAUGAUGGUGAGCUGUGGCUCGAUUCACUCCCCAAAUUCUUGUGGGGCUUUUAAAACACGGCUUAAGUCUCUCAUUUCAGACCUUCUUAUCUUUUUAUUUUUUUCGGUUAUUCGGCUUAAGAGGCUGUUGGAAACUUGGGCCUUCUCUGGGUGGUUAGAGCUGGCUUUCCGAAUCACUUAUGAACUAUGGCUGAAGCCCUUUGCCUCUGCAACCCUGAAAUUGGAUGUUCAAACACUAAAGUCUGAAUGGAUCCUAUCAUAUGCUCUGUCUUAGAAAAUGUGCUGUGUUGCAAAUAAAUCAAUUGCUUUGCUAAUGACAA